UUUUUAGCUCGUUGGAAUUCAUAAGGUAGCGGUUUCGAUUUAGCGGUAAAAAUGGCCGAUCUGUAAUGUUUUUAAGAUAUUCAAGGAUUAUUAAUUUACUUCUGAGUUAUAAAAGGUAAUCCCUUAAUUAUGUUAUCUCGAGGCAAUGAUGGUUGGCAGUCAAAAAUGAUGGAUAUAUAUCCUUCAUUAAAUCGAAAGUAGGAGAUAAAUAUUUAGGGCAUCCGAGGACAUUUGAAUGGUUACACAACCUAUGAUGGGGGAGUCCAUUCUAGCAGUUGGUUUAAUGGUGCUCUUUUUCCACAUCAAUCCAAUUCUUGGGAACAGUUGUCCGUCAACAACUGCAACAAUUAAAAUAGUUGAUGAAUGUCCUAAAACGGAACAAGCGUGGAAAGACGCAGCUGCAAGAAAAGGUUGUCAUAUGUUGGCGGCGACUCAGUAUUGCUCUAAGUUUCAAUAUCACUGCUUGGUGAACCAGUGGCAAAAUGCGACGUUAGAAGUGUGUGCUCCAAUCUGGUAUAUUUCUGGAUUUUGUGUUAUGUUCAACACGGAUGAAAAGAGAGUAAUCGAUAAUUUUCGAUUAGAUUGUACAAAGUUUAGAGACCCAUGUCCGACGAGAUACAUAUCGACAGAUGCUUAUAAAUAUCAAAAAUGCUAUGAAGUACUCAAUAAAACCAAACAAAUCUCGAAUCAAUUCCAGGAAGAUAAAGUGGUUCCUACACCAUGUAGCAGUGAUACACCGUGGAGAGAAAUAGCAGUGGUGUUCAUUGUACUAAGUGCAUUAAUGUGCGUUGGGAUACCGCUUACGGUGUUGUAUAGACGAAGGAAACAUCCCUUAUCUUGCCAAAAUGCACGUGACACAAGUGAAAAGCACAAAAACCCUGAAGGUGGUGAUUUGGAUAUCACGACGCAAAACGAAGAAGCUGCUCUACUUGGUAGUGAAGAACUAACUACAUCAGCACACUACAAAAAUGCCCCAGAGGAGGAGAAGAUGGCGAGAGAAAACGAUAAGAAGCAGCUGGACAGAAAAGGAGUUGUGUCCAAUGCCACUUAUAAGGCAACGGAAAGAAACCAACCUAUGCCAGAAAGAAGACAACUAGCUUGUAGUGCAAAAAAUGGCGAAAGCAACAAAGAGAAAAGCAAAGAUCUUCAAAGUGAGAAGGAAAGAGGAGUAAAUAGUGAUACCCCUAAAGAUGACGUCGCAGACAAGAAAAAUGCAGAGAAAAGCAAAGAUCUUCAAAGUGAGAAGGAAAGACGAGGAAAUAGUGAUACCCCUAAAGAUGAAGUUGCAGACAAGAAAAAUGCAGAGAAAAGCAAAGAUCUUCGAAGUGAGAUGGAAAGACGAGUAAAUAGUGAUACCCCUAAAGAUGAAGUCGCAGACAAGAAAAAUGCAGAGAAAAGCAAAGAUCUUCGAAGUGAGAUGGAAAGACGAGUAAAUAGUGAUACCCCUAAAGAUGAAGUCGCAGACAAGAAAAAUGCAGAGAAAAGCGUUAACAACGAUUUCCAAUGUGAGAUGGAAAGACGAGUAAAUAGUGAUACCCCUAAAGAUGAAGUCGCAGACAAGAAAAAUGCAGAGGAAACUGUUCAAAAAGACCGCGCUUCAAAUCAAGUUCAAAAUGAAGAGGAAAACGGAGUGAAUAAGAAUACUCCUAAGGAAACUGGCACUGUCGUUGCUGCCGAGGGAAAUACAGAGGAAAACAGAGUUAAUGAGGAAUGCAUACAGAGUCUGAAAGAUAAAGAGGAAAAGGCAGACAAAGAUGACGGAACGAUUGCCCAUGUUGAAAAUAAAGGAGAAGAGGAUGGUAUUGGACCAGAAGGGCAUACCACAAAAGAUGAGAAAGGGAACCUCGUAGCUGUACGUAUAUAUAUGUUUGAAGGUGGCCGGAAGAACUGAAAUAAAAUCGUAUGACGAAUUAUUUGAUGUAAACAAGUUAUUGAAAGCUGCUAUUAUUUCUCAUCACAAAUUGACGAUGUAAAUGUUUUAAGUACAUGUCUAAAGUUAGUUGAGCAAAUAUCCUAUUUACGAUUGUUUUUCACAACUUUGUGCACACGAUAUAGGUUCAUGUGUGUGUGUGUGUGUGUGUGUGUGUGUGUGUGUGUGUGUGUGUGACUGCUUUAUCUUAUAGAAAGUCUCCUACGUUGGUUGUUUUUGCUAGUGAUAUGUUAGGAACACGUAUUGAGGUGUCAAUCAUAUUCAGAGCGACAUCUUACAGACCAUGCUUACUUUUAACUGUGUUAAAUGUGUAGUCAUGUGUAUGUAUGAUCUAUUUGUGCAUUGGAUUUAUCGAUAUAGUGUUCCCAAAACGGGAACAUUACACAUUGUAUCGGACAUUUUAUUUCUUGUUUGAUUUUGUAAUUAAAAGGAUAUAAACUA